AGUCCCCGCACUUUCAGACUAAUGGAGACCGGAAAUUCUUUCGUCUCUUCUAUAGCAGUUUCUUCUCUGGUGGCGACUGUGCCCACCGGCAGGCUGGCGAGAGGAGAAAAGGCAUGAUAAUCAGUAUCUGAGGGUCAGAGGAAAAAAAAAAAACAACAGAGAUUAAUUCGCAGGAUGUUUAGUGAACCCACCCAUCAAGCUCGGAAGGAGUCUGUCCAUCUAAGGCAGAAGUUGGAAUGCUUAUGAGACCAGCACAGGGGCAAAAGGUGGCCCUGUCCUGAAGACCUAUGGAGCCUGCUACUUCCCUGCAGCCUUGCCUGUUAGCCUCCCUUCUCUUCUUCCUGGUCCUCAGCCUGUUUGUGCUGGUCUCAGCCCAGUUUACUGUCGUGGGACCAGCUGAGCCCAUCCUGGCCAUGGUAGGAGAAAAUACCACACUGCGCUGCUGCCUGUCACCAGAGAGAAAUGCAGAAGACAUGGAGGUGCGGUGGUUUCGGUGGCAUUUCUCCCCGGCAGUGCUGGUGUACAAAGGCCAUCAAGAGAGAACAGAGGAGCAGAUGGCCACCUAUCAAGGAAGAACCACCUUCGUGAGCACAGACAUCAGCAAGGGAAGAGUGGCGCUUGUUAUCCACAAUGUCACAGCCUAUGACAACGGCAUCUACAGCUGUUACUUCCAGCAAGGCAGGUCCUAUGAUCAGGCCAUCAUGAGGCUCCUGGUGGCAAGCCUGGGCUCUAAGCCCCUCGUUAACAUGAAGACCCUUGAGGAUGGGAGCAUCUUGCUGGAGUGCACAUCUGAAGGGUGGUACCCGGAGCCCCAAGCUGUGUGGAGAGACCCCUAUUAUGAAGUUGUGCCUGCGCUGGAAGAAGACUAUACAGCUGACAGAGGAGGCCUCUUCACGGUCACCAUGACUGUGAUCAUCAGAGACUGUUCUGUGAGGAACAUGACCUGCUCUGUUAACAACACCCUGCUCAACCAGGAGAUGGAGAGUGUGAUUUUCAUUCCAGAAUCCUUCGAGCCCAGCCUUCCUCUCUGGAUGGUGGCCAUGGCUGUCACUCUGCCCGUUCUAAUGUUGAUCCUUCUCACAUCUGGAAGUAUCUUCCUUGUCAAGAAGCAACACAGGAAAAAACUGAUCUUGUCCGCCGAGAAAGAAGUCGAAUAUGAAGAAAAAGAAGCCACACGGCAACUUCAAGAAGAAUUACGAUGGCGAAGAACCCUCUUACAUGCCGCUGAUGUGCUUCUGGAUCCAGAUACAGCUCAUCCUGAGCUCUUCCUGUCAGAUGACCAGAGAAGUGUGAGACGAGGUGCUUCGAGGCAGAGCGUGCCUGACAACCCUGAGAGAUUUGACUGCCGGCCCUGUGUCCUGGGCCGGGAGAGCUUCUCCUCAGGGAAGCAUUACUGGGAAGUGGAGGUGGAAAACGUAAUGGUGUGGACCCUUGGUGUUUGUAGAGACAAUGUUGAAAGGAAAGGGGAGGCCCUGCUGGUUCCUCAGAAUGGCUUCUGGACCCUGGAGAUGUUUGGAAACCAGUACAGAGCCCUGUCCUCCCCAGAAACUAUCAUACCUCUGAAAGAGCGUCUUCACCGAGUGGCCAUCUUCCUGGACUGUGAAGCUGGAGAUGUUUCUUUCUACAACAUGAGAGACAGAUCACACAUCUACACAUGUCCCCCUGUGGCCUUCGCUGGACCCCUGAGACCUUUCUUUAGGCUUGGUUCUGAUGACAGUGCCCUCUUCAUCUGCCCAGCAUUCACGGGGGCUCAGGGAGUCACAAUACCUGAGGGUGGGCUGAUCCUAUACAGGACAAGAUCAGUUUCUCAGAGCCAUGGAAAAAAGCCAUAGCCUUCACCUCCCUCUACACAGCACUUCAGGUGGAGAGCAGGCCCUACGCCCCUGCCCCUCCACUCACUGCGAGCAUCUUCCAGCUGCCCCCUUCAUGCAUAAUUCAGCCCCAUGGCCCAGUUCACUCCUUUGGCCAUUCAUUUGCUUUUAACUAGGGGACCCAGUUUUAUUGGACCACUGCUGUCACACAGCUCUCUGAGAAGAAAGCGCGAGAAAGGGAGGGACAGAGAACUUGCAGCUUCAACAUGCUGCGCUGGCCACAGUGGGCAAGGCAAGGGCAAUAGGCUUCAUCGGGAUGUAAGAAGGAGAGAAUUUCAGAGGAAGGAGACAGAGAAAUGAGGACAUAGAUGAAAGAAAUGGACCAGAGAGCUAAGGGUGGGCCCCAUAGGACUGCUAUGGGGAGGGAGGAGCUAAUGGACCUUUGAUAUCCAAAGCUGAAGAUUUUUAUAUCUUGUAAUGAAGAUGUCUGGUGUGGGGAUCUGCAGACCUACACGUGCAAGGAAAGAGUGAACCGUGAUGAUCUGGGUGUAAGCUGGCUCAGACGUCCCUAUAGUAAACAUUCGGUUCUGAGUCCUGUGUCCAUGCUGAUGAAGAGUGGCUUGAGACCUGAGGUCCCUGCUGAGUAGCCGGGUCCCUAUGGCUCAGGUUGACUAGGGGCAGUAGCAAUUCAAGCUUCUUAGGCUCGGGAUGUCAUCUUCCCUCUCCUCUUUAUGCAAGAUAGAGUCUCACUGUGUACAACAGGCUGGCCUGGAACUCCCAGAAACCAGCCUGCCUCCACCUACAGAGUGCUGGGAUUAAAGACACGCACAGCCAUGCUCCGUUUAUCAUAUUAUGAUAUAUACAAAUGAUUAAGCUCUUCUUUUGGGUUUAUGCCUAUUAAGAUUUAUUAUUUUUUGUUGUUUUUAUCUUGAGACACAGUCUUACUGUGUAGCACUGCUGUUGAAAUCUUGACUCUCUUGCCCCAUCUUUUUUUUUUUUGUUCUUGUUAUCAUUCUUUCAAGACAAGAUCUCAUCAUGUAUCUCUGGCUGUCCUGGAAUUCCCUGUGUACUGGCUGGCCUUGAACUUAUGGAGAUCCGCACCUGCCUCCUGAGCACUGUAAUUAAAGGUGUGUUCCACUACACUGGGCUUCACCCCAUCUCUCCAGUGUGGGAAUUAUAGGUUUACGCAACCAUGCAUACCUAAUGUCUUUUACUACUUUGGCAUUUGAAGUUGA